GGGCGGGUCCACGGUACAGCCGCUUUACGCAAAGACCUCUGUGUCUGCACCAGUACCAGACUAGAGACCACCAGCAUCAACUACUACUCGGCUUCGCGGCAGUACAGAUCCGGCCGACACUUUCGUCGUCAACCUCUCGCCAUUUCCACAUCCUUCCUCCGCCGACCUCGACGCAAACCACAGCUUCCCGCUCGCGCUUCUCCAGUCUCCCAGGAUCUGCUCUCGCCAUGGAUAGGGAAGCCAAGAAAGAAGCGUUCAGGAAGUAUCUUGAGUCCAGCGGCGUGCUCGACACCCUCACGAAAGUUCUUGUUGCGUUGUAUGAGGAGAAUGAUAAGCCUUCAUCUGCAGUCGAAUUUGUUCAACAGAAGCUGGGUGGCCCAUCAAUUUCUGACUAUGAAAAGCUCAAGGCAGAGAAGUUGGAUUUGCAAUUGAAGUAUGAUAAGCUUUUAGAAACCCACAAGGAAACAUGCAGACAGGUAUGCAAUGUUACUGUGUUGGCAGUGUACACUACUGUCUGUUUAGACUAUCUCCAACAAUCGUCACCCAAAAUACAAGACCUAUUUAUCCUUUGGGUAGCGCUACAGGUAAAAGGUUCCAUACCUAUUUUUAGUCUUCUCCAACAACAAGACCUAAAAGACAACACUCUCUGCAAAUGGGUCUCGAGGAAAGAGGAUACCUAAAUUUGGGUUAUGCCUCUCAUGAUACCUAAAAUGAGUCUUCUGUAUAGGUAUUCUGUUGGAGGCUAUAGGUAUUGUGUUGGAAAUCUAUUUUGGGUUUGGGUUCCCAUAUGGGUUUCUUAUUGGAGACAGCCUUACAUGGCAUACUUAAUGUUCAGUAGCAUUUGGUAUUACGACUUCACCAAUUUUUUGUACAAAUGUUAUGUAUGAUUAAGAAGUGUUAGUUGUUAUUGUCUCAAAGCUUACUGCUUGUUUGAAGUAAUUGUGCUUGUUUGAUGAUGAAGCUCUUGCAUUCCAAUAAUGUAUUCAUUGCGAUAAUUCUGUCUUGAACUUAAGCGCUGGUAAUGUUCUGAAUUCCACUAGCCUGCAUAAUGUUCAGCAGUACCCAACUGGAUGUGUUUGGUAAAAAUACCAAUAAUUACAUUUAAAAAAACUCUCAUUUUCAUCACACUCUGAUCUGGCAAAAAAAUAUUUGUCCUGUAAGGUCAUGUUUCUCUCCUCAAGUCAUCAUUCUUGUGUCUUGGUUUUAUGCAUAAAAAAAAUUAGUUAGACUGAAAGGUAGGUAGAAUGUGCGGCAAGGAGUUGAUAUAAUAAGCUAGAUGGCAUUUCUUAACCAGUUUAUCCUGUGGAUUUCUAAGUCCUAGUUAACUUGUUUGUGUUGUUUCCUCAUAUGACAGUUAGCAUUUUAGACUUGCAAAGUCCUAUGCUUUUAGGGGAAAAAAGAGCUUGUAUGUUCUGACUUCUGAGCACAAGAUGACAUUUAUCUGGAGUUCUGGACUGUAUUUCAGUUAUGAUUUCACAACUUUGUUGUGAAUCCCAAGCAAAUUUCGCAUAUGAUUUGAACAUAAAUGAAACUGGCAUUGAUCAGUUGUCUAUCUCAUU